GUUUUCGCGUGUGUGCGUGUGUACAGUGUGUAACUACCGAAAUCCGUGCUGCAUAUACUUGUUAGUCGAAGCGAUACGUUGGGAUUGUUAGGGCGUCUCGCUGAUUGUAAUAAGCCGCUCUGAUAAUUCGGCAAGAAGAUGGGACGCAAGAAGAAGAAGCAAUCGAGACCCUGGUGUUGGUAUUGCAAUCGGGAAUUUGAAGAUGAAAAAAUUCUCAUUCAACAUCAGAAGGCAAAGCACUUUAAAUGUCAUAUCUGUCAUAAGAAACUAUAUACGGGACCAGGGCUUAGUAUACAUUGUAUGCAGGUACAUAAAGAGGCAAUAGACAAGGUACCUAAUUCAUUGCCAAAUCGUAGCAAUAUCGAAAUAGAGAUUUAUGGAAUGGAAGGCAUACCGCCAAAUGAUGCAAAGGAACACGAAAGACAGCGAAACGGCGGCAGGCCAGGUACACCAUCAUCCGGCGAGGACGAACCUGUACAGAAGAAGGCAAAACCGGAAGGUCUGCUAGGUUCCGCACCGGGUGCAAUGCCUGGUAUGGCCACCGGAUUACCCGGAAUGCCACCGCAACCUGGUAUGCCACCAUUGCCUGGUAUGGCGCCGCAUCACGGCAUGGCACCGCAUCAUGGCAUGCCACCGCAUCCCGGCAUGCCUCCUAUGCAUCCCAUGCAUCCUAUGUCGAUGGGCCAUGUGGGACCUCCGUUCAUGGGUCCAGGCAUGAUGCCUGGUAUGUCAGGUAUGCCUUCUGGUAUGCAACCGCCGGUUUCGGGUGCAUCGAUGCCGCCGGCGCGACCGUUAUUCCCUAGCGCUGCGGCCGUUUCAACGGCGGCAUCGACAGCUGUGUCGGUCACUGGUUCCGGACCUUUAGGCACGGACUUUAAACCGAUCACAUCUGUGGCCAGCGGUGGUUCCAUAGGGCCGGUAAAGCCGACAUUCCCCGCUUAUAGCAGUGCCGGCGAAGCCGUUUCUGCAGCCGCAAAUAAUCUCGCCGGUGGCGAUCAAAAAGUGAAUCUUAUCGCAACUACCGGAGCCGCCAGUAAAAUCAUUCAUCCUCCGGAAGAUCUCAGUCUAGAAGAGAUAAGGGCAAGGUUGCCUAAGUAUCAACGUCGACAGACUGAUGAGUCUGGACGGUCGGCGCAAUCGGAGGCAGCGGCGGCAGCAGUUGCGGCAGCGGCUGCGGCAGCUGCAGCGGCAAAUCAACAGCAACAGGCCGCGUUGCAACAAGCAGCAGCGCAGCAGCAGCAGGCAGUGCAACAGCAACAACAACAAGUGCAACAACAGCAGCAGCAAGCGGCUGCGAACGUGGCGGCAGCUGCAUUUCAGGCGGAUCAGCAACAGCGGCAACAACAGGCAGCAGCGCUAAAUGCAUUACAACAACAACAACAAAGGUACCCGCGACCGCCGCAAGCGGUCAUGGUACCGGCCUCGGCAGCGGCAAUGCCGGUCAGUUCAGUGGCGCUAAUGGCGCCUCUAAUGCGACCCACCAUGACCUUAGCGCCUGCUCUUAUUCAUGGAGGUAACAUGAUGCGACCGCCCCCCAUGGGCCUGCCACCAGGCAUGAUAGGAGCCAUACCACCGGGCGCUGCGAUGCAUCCGGCUUUCGCCGCCGCGCCGAUGGGCUUUCCUGGGCCGAUGUUGGCGCCGAUGAUGCAUCCGCGCUUCAGAUGAUCACCCCCUAUGGACGGGCCCAACCCCCCGCCGCUGCACUUCGUGCUGUGGGCCCGCCCCUAAUUUUCGUAGGGUUUGGACCCGAUUGAGGAAGAAAUAGACAAAAUCACACAUACACGAAUUAGAGAGAGGGAGAGAGAGAGGAGAGAGAGAGAGAGAGAAAGAAAUAAUGAGAGAGAAAAAGAGAGAGAAAAUGGGAGAUUUACGCGGUAAAAAUCGCAUUCUGCACUCUCUCACGGUUUUUUAUUUUAUUUUAUUUUAUUGUUGAAUGAAACAAAAUGAUACACGGAGGGAGAAAGAAAGAAGGAAAUAAUGAGAGAGAGAGAGAGAGAGAGAGAGAGAGAGAGAGAGAGAGAGACGGAGAGAAACACACGCAUGUCAUCACGUCAUCGGUGCCUGAGAGGAUUUUUUCGAAGAAAUCGAGUGUGCGCUGGAAACGGUCGGCUUUUUCAUCGCCUUCUUCUUUUUAUGCUGCUACAAAAAAGGAAAAAAAAAAAAAUAUACAAACACGAAAUUCACUUAAUCGUUUGCAUCGACUGCGAAUAUGUGCGCGCCACGCUACGUUGGUCGUGAGUGCCAGGUGAGCCAACCAACCAUGAGCAAAUUACAUCGCCUUUUCUACGGAAUGAAGCUAAAAUAAUAUUCGUCGCUCUGUAAUAAUACAUUGUCAUUUGCUCUGCGUGAAAACGCCAGUGCGAAUCGACUAUCUUAUCUCCUUUACUUAUCCCACGCAAGUUUCUUUUUUUUUUUUUUUUUUUUUUUUUUCGUCGAACAACCAUUAUAUCGCGUUGCUGAUAUCCAUCGAAAUUGCGUUUCUCGUUCUUGUCGCGACGAUAACGUCGUUUGCGGCGCGCAAUAAUCUUCCCUUUCCUUCCCGCUCCUUUUUCAAAAAGAAUCGAUCAGUCCAUUAAUUCGAUUCGGUGCGAGAUUUGGCUGAGUCAUUUAAUUUGUAAGGCCAGUUUAAAUAAAACUUGUUUAAAAUGGAUCUUACGAAUUUAUCGCCUCUUGCAACGAAUUCUUUAAUUGUGACAAGGUAAUUAUGACACUGUAGAAAAAUUUCAAUGAUAAAAGUAAGCUCUCAGUGCAGUUGAGUCUCUAAUAAUAUUGAUUUUUUUUUUUUUUUUUUUAUUGUGCUUAUAUAAAUAAAAUUGUAAAAUAUAUAAUAUUUUGUUUUUUUAUAUUUAUUUUAUAUUUAACAACAACCAAAUUAAGAUUUAACAUAUCGACAUAUUUUUGAUUAUAUAUUUAAUAUAAUUUAAAAAAAUAAAGAAAAAUAAUCAUAGAAAUAAAGAUUAUUUUGAUUCAAAUUUCACACGAAACAUAUUUUUGGAAAAAAACAUUAUUAACAUAUGAUAAAUAACAUUGAUAUUACUAACGAGCAAGAUCUUAAAAAAAUUUUUAAUCAGAAAUACACGAGAGCGAAUUCUAUUAUUGAAAAAUUUGAUUCAGAAGUCACAUUUGCCUCAUAAAAUUAAUGACUGACCCUGUGCUUUUUUCGGGAAGUGAUUAUACUUUCGACAAUGACAAAGUGUCCCGCUUAGACAGAGACAGAGAUUCCUCCUCUUUCCCUCUUUUCUCGUGCUGUAGACCGUUUCCAUCACGCGCUAUUCUCCUCAACCUUUAUGCAUCUGUAAUGUCCUUUUGGAGAGAAAAGCGCUUCACGCUGCAGCUGAAUGAUAACUUAUUUGACCGAAUAGAGUUUUAGAGACGAAAAAUCAUUCUUGAGAUUAUUCCGUUUCGUAAUAUAAGAUAUUUUUGUUUCAUUACUUGAAAUAAAAACAUGGAGCGAUCGAAGAUGCAUAAGUCAACAAAACAAAAAACAGUUUGAUGCUUAGUUAAACUUUUGGAGAGAUUAAGAUUUGUUUUUUUGGUAGAUUUUUUUUUAAUUUCUUUAAAAAAAAUAAUCGAGAAAAAUCUUUGAUUAUAUGCAGAUAAAUGGCGAACAAGUUUUAUUUAAUUGAAUAAAUUAUCUCUCAUUUUCUUUUAUUUUAGAUCAAUUUUACGAUUCGAAAGAUCAAAUUUGUUUACAUUUAAAAUACACUAGCCGUAGUGUGAAGAUUCGCUCGUCUCAAUACGUCACAAAUUUUAUUUUAACACCGAGUCGAGUCGAUGUAUAGUUUAGCGACGCGUAAUAAAAUUAUGCGAAGUCGUUAUAAAAAAAAUUUGUUUUUUACGAAUUUACAAAAUUAGUAUUUCAAAAAGAAAUUUUCAAGUUAUUAAUUAUAUAUUUAAAAAAAAAUUUAUUUCAAUUUGAGAAAUAAAGAGAAAUUUAAUUAUCUUUUAUUCUAAUUUCGAUUUAUUUUGAUAUGAUAAAUUUAAAUUUAAAAAUGUGUAAUGAAAAACAGAUUAAAUUAAUUUUUAUACAUAUAAAGGAGAAUUAAAUUAUAUGUAAUUGAUAAAUUUUUAAGUGAAUAAAUUGCGAAAUUAAUCGACUCGACUCGAAAAAGGCCCCUUUUUUCUUUGCCAAAAGAAUAAUAAUGUUGGCGUUUGAGUGAGUGGUAAGUACGAAUGGUGUUCACGGAACUGUAUGCCAACUCUCUACACUCUUGACUUGUGCCAUUUUCUUCAUUCUUUCCUUACUACAUCUCGCCGAUCCUCGCAUCACUUGUAAAGCGUUCGAUCUCAGAUUUUCUAUUUCGCGUAAUCAUUUCUAUCAUUCUUUGAAUUUUUUUUUGUUAUUAUGUCAUUCCGUUUAUAAAUAUUUGAGCAAUUUGUGGAUUGUUAAUAGCAUAACGUCUUGAUACUAUGCACUGUUGCAAUUUACGAUCGGAUACGCUCGGUUUCUUUUUGUCUUUUGUACAAGACGUUUUUAACGGACUUUUUUAUCUUCAACUUUUGGCACUUCCCGAAUUUCUUUUACCUAUCUCUCGUCCACUUAACAUCUCUACCUUCUAUCUAAUAUACUAUGCUCUUAUAAAUCUCUAUUCAGGGUGUCUAUUGAUAAUGUUAAUCAGACUAUCUAAUUUACUAUGUCUACUAUAGUUUUUGUCAUUAAGUCCACCUAUAAGACACGCUUCUUAGAAGCUAAGAUCGUUCUGACUUUAAUGUAGUCAGCUGAAAGAGUAAUUGUGUGUCAUUUUAACGGGGCAGCUAAAGUCAAUUGUAUCGUUUAUCUAUCGAUUUGAACUAUGUCAUUUAAUUUUAAUCCUAGCUCUUAGAUCAUUAUUUGUCUCUUUUAGAAAUUAGUAUGAAAUGAAUCGAUCGAACUGAGAUAUAAAUUGAUUGACAUCAGCGAAAUCGAUUACGUGUUUAUCGAUCAGUUUCAUCGAUAUCGAUGAAUUUUUCACUUUUAAUUUUCAAAUGGUUGUUUAUCUCUUUCCUAACUCUAGAAAAAAAGAAAGAGAUCAAUUAUCGAAUUAAUCGAUAUUAGCAAAAUUUGACACUGUUUUCAACGAGAUUGGUUGACUUCCGUUCUAGUUCGAUCGAUUAUACUGUGAAAAAAAAAAAGAGGACGAGAAAUCGAUCGAAUUAGGAUUAAAGUUAACGACAGAGAUAUUGCCCGUGUAUAUAUAUAUAUAUUUAUAUAUAUAUAUAUAUAUAUGAUAUGUUGUUUACAUCGUUAUUGUUCGAGGUGUGUGUGUGUGUGUGUAUGUGUGUGUGUGUGUGUGUGUGUGUGUGGUUAGCGCGGUGAUGAAAGGAUCGAUUGCUUGCUUCCUGUAUUGUUGUCUUCAGUAGGCACCCUGCUGCUGGUUUCCGUUCUUUCGACCACCACUCUCGCCCGCUACCAUCUACAUCCGGUAUCACCACCGACAUCUUCUCGACAAACAAAAACACGAAAGAAAAAGAAAAGAAAAGAAAAAAAAAAACAAAGAAAUGAAACGAAAUGAAAACAGCAUUGAAAGAGCGCGCCGUACAACACGUGUACGUACCUACAUUAAAUGAUCUACGCAUCGUUAUUAUAAUUCCUUUAUUUUUCAGGGGUUGUCUUUCCGAAUCUCCUCCGCGAACACUCCGUUAUUACUUUACUCUCUUGCAAUUACAGCGCUUCGUUCACGUCUCUUCCGAGGGCUCCAAGGAUCGUUGACCGCUCAAGGAAACACAAGUAAAGUCAUUAAAAAUUAUAAAAUUAUCCAAAAAGAACAAUCUUUCUUUUUUCAAGUGCCUGAUUAGAUAUAAUAUUCGGAUUCGCGAAAUAUAUGAGGCUUUUCAAAAAAAAAACAUUGAAAAGUGAUUAAAAUACCGUGUUUAAUCGAUCUAUUGAAAGAACAAUCGAGCUGGAGCAUCGAUCGCGCGAUUUUCUUUUAGAAAAACGGAAAAAAAUAUUAAAAUAAAAAGAGAGAAAAAAACCAAGUUUUUAUAAUUAAAAUUUGGAAAUUUUGUAUUUUCUUUCAAGACGAUAAUUAUGACUAAACGAGGUCGAUAAUUGCGCAAUCGAAACUCCGGAGUUUUUCUUUUUUUUUAUAUUCGUGACAAGAGAGAAGCAUGUUUCACACGGAACCUCGCACUCGGCGAUUCGGCAGGACAAUCUGACGGCAGAAUUUGGAGAUGUAGAAGUUCUGUUAUUUAUUGAGUGUCAUAUUAUCGACUUGUUCCGAAUAAAGACGUUCUGUGGAAAGUUCGACAGUUUUGGGCAUAGUCUGCUGUUCUGGGAUAUGUCAUCGUAGCGAUCUCGCAAUCACACUUUUCACGACUGCUGAUUUCGUGUUCUCGAUAACGUCUCACGCUUAUAUUUUUGUAAUUAUAUAAUUCUCCAUGUCUAUACAAUUAUACAUAUUCUCGUAUAGAUAUAUACUCAAUUGAUAUCGAUUUAAUUGAACAUAUUGCUGGAUCGUAUCCCAGAAUUGCGGGCGACAGCCACAUAUUGUUUCAACCAAUCACAGCAAUCUCAUCGCUGUUGGACCUAAUCGGUCCCUUGCCUCAAGGCAGGCGAUUGUUUGGACCUACCGUCCUAGAGUCGAGGAGUCGCAAUCUCUCGAUUUUCUCUUAUCCUUAAUCGAAACGAUGAAAACGAACAAAUUCUCGUUUGAGAUUUCUAGUUUUCAGAUUUGAAGUUUAAGCGAUGACUGGAAAACGAAAAUAAAAAUAAACUAAUAAAAAUUGCAUUACAAAUAAAACUUUAUUUCUUAAUAGAUUUUUAUUAUUUUUUUUUUGUUAAAAAAUUAAUAUCAGAAAAUGUUUUUUAUAUGACAUCCCUCAAAUUAUUAAUUAUAAUAUUGAUGCAUUUUUUAUUUUAUAUUGAUUGUAUUGUAGCUUUUUUCAUAUAUUUUUAUAUUAAAUAUAUUUUUUGUAUUUUUUAAAUAAUUCUUUAAAUGCAUUAUUCAAUGAAUAUUUUGCAUCUUCUUUCCAGUCAGUGACUAAAAUCUAUUUAUGUUUUAUAGAUGAAAGAAAAAGCCUGGGAGUUUGGCGAUUCUCGGCUCGGUGGACGCGUGGCUGGACCGAGAAACAAUAUUAAUCAUAAUAAUCGGUUAACGAAUCGCGGGUAAACCGUAUUAACCGAUCGAUCGUUCGGAACGUCGAAACGAGAGAAGAUUGCCAGAUGUGUAGAGCGAUGCGAUUAGCAUGUAUCUCUCUUCUGGAUGAAAUCUUUCAGAAUGCUUUCUGAUUGCUUGGCUUCUGUAGAGAGAGACACGCAUCCCCAAUUAACACCAAUUUUCACAUUAGUUUAAUAAAUAAAUUUAUAAAAAUACCGAACGCAUUCUUGUUCGAGAAAAUUAAAAUUAUUCCGAGCGCCAGCGACUUGACACAAUUAUUAAAUAAUCUAUAUAUAUUUUAAAAUUAAUAUCCUUAAAAUAUAUUUAUUACACAAUAUUUUUUUUAUUAUUAUUGUCAAAUUUUUUCUCGCAUUAUCUCCAAAGUCGAAAAGAUAAACGACAUUGGCUAACAUCAUGCGCGAUUUCAAUUGUAUCCUUCAAUAAUCACGUGUUUUUAAAAUUAUCUGCCCUUCGCGCACUUUCCUUUUUUGCCCUUCAGUUGACGGCAAAAUUUUCGACCGAAUAACGCGCCUCUCGUUUUCGACAGUUCGAUCGUAUCGUAGAAUGCUUAGCUGGCUCUAUAUAUAUAUAUUUAUAUAUAUGUGUAUACCAAAUCUCGUCCUGUAUCUCUUGCGCUCGCACGCAAGGAUCUUGCCUUUUCCGCCUCCGCCUCCCUGUCCUCUCAUAUCCCCCUUUACGCUAAUGUCUUUACACACUUGGUGACAGCGGAUGCACGAUAUUCGCUCUCGUGGGGAUCGCUUUUGCUCGGCGAACCGGUAACACGGUGUCGCUCUUUGUCAUCCUAAUACUAUAUCAUCCUGCGGUUCGGUCCAUUCGGGAGUAAAGCGUGCUUCUUCGACGACAGUGCUUCGACGCUUUUCUCUCUCUCUCUCUCUCUCUCUCUCUCUCUCUCUCUCUUUUUCUCUCUCGAUUAUUUUAGCGUUACGGCAAUUUGUGGCAAUUAUUUUGCAAUAAAAUUCAAAUGAAUCAAAAUCUAAUAUCGAUUUGUUCGACGUAGAUUUUUCGUAGAAUAUUUUUUGUUACUAUAAAUGUUUAUUAUCUCAUUAUUUUUGUAAUAAUAAUUAAUAAGUAUGUACUGUCUAAGUAUAAUUAUUAUUAUAUAAUCUAUUUUAAUAUUUAUUAAUUCAGCAUAGUUUUAUUUUUGGAAAAUUUUAGUUCUUUUGCACGUAAUUUUAUCAAUAAUUUUAAUGAAUACUUUAUAUUUUCGUUACUUUAUGAUUUGAAUAAGACAUUUACGUGAGUUAUGUAUGUAAUUUUUUCCUUAAGACAACAAUACACGUAGUCGAAACGAGUAAAAUCGUUUUAUCACGAUUACGAUGUUUAAUUAGACAUGGCGUCCGCUUAAUGAUUAUUCGCUUAAUGAACACGAUAAAACGUUAGCUAUACAUCGUUCUGAUGUUCAUUAAAAACAGCGCCUCGCAAGAAAGCGAGACCGAUUUUUCGCGAACGCGAUUCGUUUUUUCAAGAGAAGGAGGGUUGAUCUCGCGAACGAAGGACGACUCGUCUUUAUUGCCGCUUUAUUUUCGAAGCAAGGACCGAACGCGGGUACACUAGACGUAGCUUCUAUCCUUCUACAACCUUGUUGUUUUCAGCCGACUGCGUACGAGCAGAACGGACAAUAAUCGAGGAAGGAAAGAGGGAUAAAAGAAAGUAGCAAAGUGACACGAAUGUGUAUAUCCAUUCAGAUUGAUUAAAUAAAGUCGUUCGAAAACGAAA